AUGCCUAGUUCACAGCGCUCCAGUUUGAUUUAUCGGCUCUCGCUCGUUCCUGGCAUAUUUAUCUUUCUUUGGAUCUGUUGGGCAUUAUAUUCUUCUGAUUUGCAAUAUCAAAACUCAAUAAAGGGUACUGCUGGUUUUAACAACGAUAUCAUGUCUGCAAAAUUAGGUAAGACUGUCCACUAUUAUAAGUCCAUAUUGGCUGGACCUAAAUACUCUUCUUGGUCUUUGUUUUCUGUUUCAAAUACCAGAUGCUCGGAAAACCUUGGCUUGUUUUCUUCAUAUUCAGUAAGAUUUUUUGGUUCUAACAGUCAAAAUUUAGUACCACCUCAACAGCCUCCCUCAUGGAAUGACACCCCAGAGCAAAUCCUCGAAAAAACCAAGCGUUUCCUCGAAAAAGUGAAGGAGCAAGAUGAUUCGAUAGCAGCGUUAUCUGAACCGACUCUUGAAAAUUUAAUCAUUCCUUAUUCGCAAUGGGAAAAUGAAAGAUUCAGAAUGAUCAACUAUUUGACCUUGUACCAACAUGUUCUGACAAACCCAGAAAUCCGUAAUGCCUCCACUGAAGCUGAAAAGUUGUUGGAUAAGCAAGCAAUUGAAAGUGGUUUACGUGAAGACAUCUUCAAGAAUGUGAAAAAAGUUUAUGAAGAUAAUAAGGACAAUGAUUCGUUGGCCCCAGAACUUAAAAGGUUCAUUUCCAAGCUCUACAAUGCUUAUCGCCGUAAUGGGUUAGAUUUGCCAAAAGAAACUAGAGAAAAAGUCGAAAAAGUUAGCAAAAAAUUAUCGGAGUUAUCUAUUCAAUUCAACCAGAAUUUGGGCGAACAAACUGAAUUCCUUUUGUUAACCAAGGAAGAACUCGAAGGUGUUCCUGAAGAUGUGCUUAGUCAAUUUGAUAAACAAGAUGACAAAUAUAAAGUCACCUUUAAAUAUCCUGAUAUUGUUCCAACCUUGAAAUACUCCAAAAACGCUGCUACCAGAAAGAAGGCAUUUAUCGGUGAUCAAAAUAAAGUCCCUGAAAACGCCGAAAUCUUGAAAGAAGCCAUCAAAAUCAGAUUAGAACUUGCACAAUUGUUGGGUUAUAAAUCAUAUGCCGAAUAUAUCCUUGAAUUAUCGAUGGCCAAGACUGCUGACAGGGUCAUGGAGUUUGAAAACGACUUAUGGGAUAAGUUGAAACCAAAAGCCGCUGAAGAACUUUCCAAAAUGAAGCAAUUGAAAUUGCAAGAUUAUAAAGAGCGUGGAUUGAACAUUGAAUCCGAAGAAGCUAAAAACUAUUAUAUUUGGGAUCAUGGAUAUUACAACAAUAAACUUUUGCAAGAACAGUACAAAGUGGAUGAACAAAAAAUUAGUGAAUAUUUCCCAUUACAAAGCACUGUGGAAAAGAUGUUGAAAUUUUAUGAGACUUUGUUCAAUUUGAAGUUUGAAGAAGUGACCGAUCCAAAACAAAAGUCAGUUUGGCAUGAAGACGUUAAACAGCGUUCUGUUUGGAAAAUGGAUGAUUUGAAAAACCCUGAAUUUCUUGGAUGGAUCUACUUUGAUUUGCAUCCGAGAGACGGGAAAUAUGGCCAUGCCGCAGAAUUUGAAAUUUGGCCUGGUUAUUUCGAUGAAACCACUGGUAAGAAAUCUCGUCCGGUUUGUGCUCUUAUUUGUAAUUUCUCUAAACCAUCCAAGACCAAACCAUCGCUCUUGAAGCAUAAUGAAGUAACCACUUUCUUCCAUGAAUUGGGUCAUGGGAUCCAUGAGAUUGUCGGUGACACUCAUUAUGCAAGAUUCCAUGGAACCGCCACCGCCAGAGAUUUUGUGGAAGCGCCAUCUCAAAUGCUUGAAUUCUGGACUUGGACUUCUGCUGAAUUGAAGAAACUUUCAUCCCACUACAUCACUGGCGAUCCGCUUCCUGAAUCCCUUAUUGCCAGCUUGGUCAAAUCCAAACAUGUCAAUGGUGGCUUGGGUAAUCUCCGUCAAUUACAUUUCGGUUUAUUUGAUAUGACCAUUCAUAAUACUCACGAUGGUAAAGCUGAUGUCGACAAAGCUUGGAAUUCUUUGAGAGAAGAGGUGACCCUUUUAAAAUCCGGUGAUGAAAAUGUUAGAGGAUAUGGAUCAUUUGGCCAUAUGAUGGGUGGUUACGCUGCUGGUUAUUAUGGAUAUUUGUAUUCCGAAGUGUUUGCCACUGACAUGUAUUAUACAUUGUUUAAAGAAGAUCCAAUGAAUACCACCAACGGUAUUAGAUACAGAGACACUAUUUUGAAGCGUGGGGGAUCUCGUGAUGAUUUAGAUAAUUUGAAAGAAUUGUUAGGGAGAGAACCAAAUUCCGACGCAUUUUUGCAAGAGAUUGGGAUCAAUAAGUGA